AUGGCUGACUUUGAAAACGACAACGGCCGUUACGCCGACGAGCCCCGGGAUGAGCCGCGCUACCGCAGCGCCUCUCCUCGCGAUGAGCCCCGACCCGACCGCGAGCGCGCUCGCACCCGUAGCCGCUCCCCAGCACGCCCCGACGAGCGUGACCGUGAACGCGAGCGUGAGCGUGACCGCCCCAUGCGCCACAAGCCUGCUCACCUCGUCGAGGAAGCCGAGGAGGAGGAGGGUGCCCUGAACUCCGGUUCCAACCUCUUUGUCACUGGCAUCCACCCCCGUCUCACCGAGUCCGAUAUCUCGCGUCUCUUUGAGAAGUACGGUGAUGUCGAUAACUGCUCCAUUAUGCUUGACCCUCACACCAAGGAGUCCCGUGGCUUCGGUUUCGUCAACAUGACUACUGGCGAGCAAGCCGAUGCCGCCAAGGAGGGUCUUCAGGGUGAAGUCAUCGAAGGUCGCACCCUGAGCAUCGAGAAGGCUCGCCGUAGCCGCCCUCGUACUCCCACCCCGGCAAAGGAUGGUCGUGGUCCCCCUCGCCGUGGUGGUGACCGCUAUGAUGACCGCCGCGCUCCUGGCGGAGGUGGUGGCAACUGGCGCCGCCGUGGUGACGACGACUACUAUCGCCAUGGUCGCUAUGACUCUUACAACGACCGUCGCGACUACGGCCGCGACUACCGCGGAGGAGGCGGUGGUGGUGGUGACUACCGUGGAGGAGGUGGUGGUGGUGGUCGUGACUAUGGUGACCGUGAUUACCGCCGUGGCUCUCGCGACGACUAUGCCUACCGUGGUGGCGGUGGCGGUGGUGGCCCUGACCGCUACGAUCGUUACAGCCGUGACGACCGCCGUGGAGGUGAUGAUCGCCGUGGAGGUGGUGGCGGCGGUGGUGGUGGUGCCCCUGCUGCUGCCGAAGGUGGCGAUGCUGGUGGCAGCCGUAGCUACUACGACCGUGACGCCAACCCUCCCUCCUACGACAAUGCUCCCCCUCGUGAGCCCCGCGGAAGCGGCGGCGGCGGCGGCAGCGGUGGUGGUGACACCUAUGCUGGCCGUUCCUACGAGGGCCGGGGUGAUGAGCGCUAUGGUAGCAGGUAA